AUCUUAACGACUACACUUCCACGGCGCUCGCUCGCUCGCUCGCUCGCUCGCUGAAAUCAAAUCCCUCGGUCGACUCUGCUACGUCUCCUCCGACCAUGGCCGCCGCCUCCUCCUCCUCCUACUCCGUCGCUUCCUCUCUUUCUUCCCUCCGCUUCACGUCUUCUCGCUAUCUGCCUUCUCUCACUCAUUACUAUCUCCCAUCCACCCCAUUCCCCUCUCUAUUCUCCUCCCCCUCCCCCUCCCGUCGCUCCUCCUACCGCCCUCUCACGAGACGCCCUACCUUCUCUGCGAAAGCUGCCUCCGUCGACAGGAAGAGCGUCCUCAUCGUCAAUACCAACAGCGGGGGCCAUGCCGUCAUCGGGUUCUACUUCGCACAGCAGCUCCUCGCCUCCGGCCACGACGUCACCGUUCUCACCGUCGGAGAUGAGGGCUCUGACAAGAUGAAGAAACCCCCUUUCACAAGAUUCUCUGAGCUGGUAAGCGCUGGGGGGAAAACGCUCUGGGGAGACCCUGCGAAGGUGGCCGAGAUUGUUAGCGGAGUCAAAUUUGAUGUUGUUUUCGAAAACAACGGGAAGGAUUUGGACACUGUCAAGCCUGUAGCAGAUUGGGCGAAGUCUAGUGGAGUGGCACAAUUCCUGUACAUUAGUAGCGCUGGGAUUUACAAAACAAGCGACGAGGUUCCUCAUGUCGAAGGGGAUCUUGUCAAAGAAGAUGCUAGUCAUGUAGGCGUGGAGAAAUAUAUAGCAGAGUUAUCUUUCAGUAGUUUUGCAAUAUUUCGUCCGCAGUACAUGAUAGGAUCUGGAAACAACAAAGACUGUGAGGAGUGGUUUUUCGAUAGAAUUGUUCGUGAUCGCCCCGUUCCACUCCCUGGAUCAGGAAUGCAGCUGACCAACAUUUCACAUGUGAGGGAUUUGUCGAGCAUGCUGUCUCUGGCUGUCGAGAACAGCAUUGCUGCCAAUGGCAAAAUCUUCAAUUGUGUCAGUGAUCGCGCUGUAACAUUCAAUGGCCUUGCAAAACUUUGCGCAAAAGCAGCUGACCGCGAGCUCAAACUUGUUCACUAUGAUCCAAAAUCUGUCGGAGUCGAUGCUAGGAAAGCAUUUCCUUUCAGAAACAUGCACUUCUAUGCAGAACCAAGAGCAGCAAAGGAAGUACUAGGAUGGACCGGCACGACUAACCUCCCCGAAGAUCUAAAGGAGCGAUUCCAAGAGUAUGUAGAAAUCGGGAGAGACAAGAAGGACUUAAAAUUUGAUGUCGACGAUAAGAUAUUGGAGUCUCUUAAAGUUGAAGUUACUGCAUAGAAAAAGUCUGGAUUAAGAUUGUUUAUUUAAAUACUAAAAUAAGAGUACAAACAAUUAUUUAAUUAUAAUAUUGAAGUAUUUAAUCA